GCGGAGGAGGAGGAGGAGGAGGAGAGCUGUGCGCGACGGGGCUGCAGCCGGAGCCCGCGCGGCCCUGAACUUUGCGCCGCUGCCGCCGCCGCCGCGAUGCGCUGAGAGCGGCCGGCCGGGAGCCCCAUCGCCGCCCGCCCGUCCCGCCAUGGGCGCCCUGGACGAGCCGCCGCCGCCUCCCCGCCCGGCGCCCCCCGACCCGCCGCGCUGCUAGGCGCCCCACUCGGCCGGCCGUCGGCGGGGGAAGCGGCGGGGGCGGCGCCGGGGCUCGCCCGGCCAACUUCGGCAGGGGCCGCGCCCGCCAGCCCCCGCAGCCGCCCCGGCCCAACUUUGCCUCCGCCGCCCCGGCCGGGACCCCUCGCCGCCCGGCCCCGGGAGCAGCAGGAGGAGCGGGGCGGCCGGAGAGUCCCCCGCGCCCGCCCGGCCCCGCCCCGGCCGCUAUGGCCAUGGUGACCGGGGGCUGGGGCGAGGCGGCGGGCGGCGGCGGCGGCGGCGGCGGCGGGGAGAGCAACGGCCUGGAGAAGGGCUACCCGCGGCCCGCCGAGGACGACUCGGCCUCCCCGCCCGGCGACCCGGAGCGCGGCGGGGGCCUGGAGGAGGAGAAGGCGGGGGCGGCGCCCGUGGACUGCGUGGUCUGCGGGGACAAGUCGAGCGGGAAGCACUACGGCGUCUUCACCUGCGAGGGCUGCAAGAGCUUCUUCAAGCGCAGCAUCCGCCGCAACCUCAGCUACACCUGCAGGUCCAACCGGGACUGCCAGAUCGACCAACAUCACCGCAACCAAUGCCAAUAUUGCCGGCUGAAGAAGUGCUUCCGUGUCGGUAUGAGGAAAGAAGCCGUCCAGAGGGGCCGUAUCCCCCCCAGCCACGCCAGCGCCAGCCCCAACGCGGUGCAGAGCGGGGACUACUACAACGGGCAGCCGGUCUCGGAGCUGAUCUCGCAGCUGCUGCGGGCCGAGCCCUACCCCAGCGCCCGCUUCAGCUCCCAGUACGCCCAGCAGGGCAGCGUGAUGGGCAUCGACAACAUCUGUGAGCUGGCCGCCCGGCUGCUCUUCAGCACGGUGGAGUGGGCGCGCAACAUCCCCUUCUUCCCGGAGCUGCCCGUCUCGGACCAGGUGGCGCUGCUGCGGCUGAGCUGGAGCGAGCUCUUCGUGCUCAACGCCGCCCAGUCCGCGCUGCCCCUCCACAUGGCGCCCCUGCUGGCCGCCGCCGGUUUCCACGCCGCCCCCAUGUCCGCCGACCGGGUGGUCUCCUUCAUGGACCAGAUCCGCAUCUUCCAGGACCAGGUGGAGAAGCUCAGCCGGCUGCAGGUGGACUCGGCCGAGUUCAGCUGCCUCAAGGCCAUCGCCCUCUUCACGCCAGACGCCUGUGGCCUCUCGGACCCGGCCCACGUGGAGAGCCUCCAGGAGAAGGCGCAGGUGGCACUGACGGAGUACGUCCGCUCUCAGUACCCCUCCCAGCCCCAGCGCUUCGGCCGGCUGCUGCUGCGGCUCCCUGCACUGCGGGCCGUCCCGGCCUCCCUCAUCUCGCAGCUGUUCUUCAUGCGCCUGGUGGGGAAGACGCCCAUCGAGACCCUCAUUCGGGACAUGUUGCUCUCCGGCAGCUCCUUCAACUGGCCCUACGGGACGGGGCAGUGAGUCCGGACAGGCGGAUGGACGCUGUGCCCGCGGGCCUCCUUGCAGCCACCCCUCCCUCCGGCCCCACCGAGACUUUGGAGGAGGGCCAGUUUGGCUUUUGUGGGACCCCCUUGGGAGGGGCGAGGCUGGAGAGCCCCCCCCCCCCCCCCCGCGGCUGAGAACAAAGCCCACCCCCAAUGCCAAGAGAGACCCGAGGUGGGGCUGCUUGGCUUCGUCUGUUUCUCCCGGGUUGCACGCCAGCCGUUUCUGUGCCACACGUAGCCGGAGGAGGAAGAGGAAGAAGGAGGCCUGGGGGGGGUCGGGGGGGGCUCUGGACCCCUCCCCCACCUGUUUGGUUCUUCCCAGCAUUCGCAUCAGCACCUUGAAAGGGGUGAGGAAUGGCUCCCCGGCUGUCUGGGCAGCUCUCCAAGGGCCUGGAGAAGAUCUGCCACGUUUCUACCCCCCUCAUUUCUGCCCUCAGGGGGGGUGGGGGGACGAGGAGGGUCCCCAAACAGAGGGCAAGUCGAGAGUGCUUGAAAAGGCCCCUUGGUGGUGGGGGGAGGGGGGCAGCUGGCUUGCAGCUCCCCUUUUGUAGCUGCAAAGGGCCCUUUUAAGGAGGGGCCCUGUCCUGCCAGGUUUCGACUGGCAAACUGGUCCUGGCCCCCCAUUUGCAUGGUUUCCUCAUGCAGGUUCCCCCCCCCCCCCGGACCCUCAUCAAAGAUUGCCCUCCCGAGGAAGCACCAAAGAGAACGGGCACUGUCUGAAUGCUCCCCAGGCAAAUGCGGGGGAAGGGGAUGCCCUUCUGUGUUGGGCCUGGCAUUUGGCCCUGGGCAGCCGGGGGCAUCAGCUGAAUUGUGGCCCCUGCAUUGCAGAAUUUGGGGCCCUUGUGAAGUGGGCUGCAGAGGGGCGGGGAGUGCCCUGGCAUGUGCCCCGGCCUGGAUCCUGGCCUUCCCCAGUGAUACUCCUCCCUCUCCCGAGGGCCACGGGGGCCCCCCCAUGCCCCUUUGGUCAGGGACAGCCUCUGCCUGGGCAGGUCGGUUGCCCCUGCUGGGGAAAUCCCCCUGAAGAAGCCCUGGUGGAAAAUUGGUCCUGCCAAUUAGACGCUGUUGCUCCUCUUCCUCGCCUCCCCCCUGCCCACCUUUUAAUUUCUUCCUCCCUCUUUUCAAAACCCGCAGUGGACACUCCCCCCUCCCCAAACACCAGGCUGUGCCAGCUCCCACAUUUGUGAAGAUGCUAUGCAAAACAUUGGCCUGCAUGCCCCUGCCAGCCACGCGUGGCCUCCCUCCUCGCCCGCCUUGGUGUUCCGGUGACCAUCGCCGGAUAUCAGUUCAGCUAACAUCUGUUUGAUCACUUUGUGGCCUUUUUUCCCCUCUUUUUUUUCUCUUCCCUUCUGCUUUCCCCUCUCCGUGUGUGUGUAUAUGACGGUCUCUUCAAAAAGCGUGUGAUGGAAAUUCGCCAUUAAACCCGUUUUGCAGACAGAGGAAACUGAGGCCACAAGGCCGGCUUUUCUUCAGUUGCCGAGAGUGGUGGGACUCGAUCUCAGGUCUCAGAAGUCUAAAGUACCGAUUGUAAUCUAUGCAAACUUUCUCUCUCUCUCUUUCUCUCCCUCCCCACUUCUCUCUCUCCAAAUUCCGGAUCAAGGAAGCGCCACUUCUGUGCUUGGAAUAAAAAUAUUUGGGUA